GACUCUGGAGAAAAACAUUAGGGCUCUUGGCUACAGACGUUUGAGUGGAAAUCACGCGCGACGGCCCCAUUCUGCCUGAGCUUCUACCGGCGAUUGUGGAGAGGCAGGGGCGUCGAGGCCAUGGCGCGUCAAGCAUCUCACGCUGGAUCUUGGUACUCCGAUGAUGCGCUGGAGCUUCGCGAGGAGCUGGAUGGAUGGCUCAAAGGCUCUGGUCUUCCAAAGAAGCCGGACGCGCGAGCUGUGAUUGCUCCGCAUGCUGGAUAUCGUUACUCUGGACGCUGCGCUGCCUUCGCAUUCGCGAAUAUAGAUCCACAAGUCGUAUCUAGAGUUUUUAUCCUUGGGCCAUCUCACCAUCACUACACUCGCAAGUGUGCUCUUUCGAGAACUUCUGUUUACAAAACUCCACUGGGAGAUCUUCCUAUCGAUCUAGAUGUUUACAGAGAGCUCAAGGAAACUGGGCAGUUUGAGGAGAUGCGUGUGGAUGUCGACGAGGCCGAGCACAGCAUGGAAAUGCAUCUGCCAUACCUCGCCAAAGUUUUCAGCGGGGUGCCCGUGAAGAUCGUUCCCAUUCUAGUCGGCGCAUUGUCAUCUGAGAGUGAAGCUCUGUAUGGGCGGCUGCUUGCAAAGUACCUCGACGAUCCCUCUAACUUCUUCUCCGUCUCCUCGGAUUUCUGUCACUGGGGAUCACGGUUUGGAUACACGUACUAUGACAAGAAGCGUGGUCCCAUUUACAAGUCCAUCGAGGCUCUCGACAAGUGUGGCAUGGACAUCAUCGAGUCCAAAAAUCCGGAAGCUUUCAAGAGCUACCUGGACGAGUACGAGAACACCAUUUGUGGACGCCAUCCCAUAGGAGUUCUUCUUCACAUGAUACAACAUUGUAACACCAAACUGGAGCUAAGAUUCUUGCAAUACGAGCAGUCAAGCCAUUGCAAAACUUCGCGAGACAGCAGCGUGAGCUACGCAUCCGCGGUGAUCACGGUGGAAUGCUGAUAAGAAGGCGAGCUCUAUGCUACCAAAUAAUUCUUUCUACUAACACACGCAUUAGUUCAAAUUUUACAUACUAUACGACCUCUCCAUCUCCAAUGGACGUUGUCAUUAAAUGAUAAGAUUGGGUCCAAAGAAAGAAUGGGUAAAUCCUAUUAUUGA